AUGUGUGACAUGGGGGGACUGGAUAACUUGGUGGCCAACACGGCCUACCUAAAAGCCCAGGGUGGUGAUGACAAGGAGAUGAAAAAGCGCCGCCGCAGCUUGGCUCUCCCCAAGCCUGAGGUAUGUGCUGCAGUGAGAACCUCCCUCGAAAAGGAUUUUUCAUCGCUUUGUGAAAGGCAGCCUAUCGGCAAAAAAUUCUUUCGUGAUUAUUUGGUAAAUAACCCUGAGUUUAAGAUUGCUGCUGAUUUUCUGGAUGAGCUUUACGACUGGGAUCUGAGUGAAGGUCCUCCAAAAGACAAGGCACGUCAAAACAUCCUGACAAAUUAUUGCAAGGCUGAUUCCAAGAGUUUCCUAACCUUUCUUACCGGGGAACCUGCGGACAAAUUCAAGGCUGUGACAGAUGCCACGUUUGAAGAGGUGAUGAAAGGCACAGUCCAGGAUGGUGUAAGAGAGUUUUUGAAAAACAAACCCUUCACAGAUUACCAGGACAGCCCAUUCUUUGAUAAAUUCCUUCAAUGGAAAGAGUACGAGAAACAGCCCAUCAGUGACAAAUACUUCUAUGAGUUCAGAACUCUUGGCAAAGGAGGCUUCGGAGAGGUGUGUGCUGUUCAGGUGAAGAACACAGGCCAGAUGUAUGCCUGCAAGAAGUUAUGUAAAAAGCGACUGAAGAAGAAGGGUGGUGAGAAGAUGGCCCUGUUAGAGAAGCAGAUCCUGGAGAAGGUUAACAGUCUGUUUCUGGUCAACUUGGGCUACGCCUAUGACACCAAGACCCACCUGUGCCUUGUCAUGACCCUGAUGAAUGGAGGAGACCUCAGGUACCACAUUUACAACAUAGGCUAUGAUGGCAGGGGUGCGGACAAGGGCAUCGAGAUGAAGCGCAUCAUCCACUACACAGCGCAAAUCACCACCGGGAUUAUGCAUUUGCACGAAAUGAAUGUCAUAUACCGUGACAUGAAGCCGGAAAAUGUGUUGCUGGAUAGCUUUGGUCAGUGCCGACUUUCGGAUUUGGGUCUGGCUGUAGAGAUUGUUCCAGAGAAGACCAUCACCCAGAUGGCUGGUACUGGAGCCUACAUGGCCCCUGAGCUCCUGACCAAAACUCCAUAUAGGACAUCAGUGGACUGGUGGGCCCUGGGCUGCAGUAUCUACGAGAUGGUGGCUGGCUACACACCUUUCAAAGGGCCAGAGAGCAAGAAAGAGAAGGUGGAGAAGGAGGAGGUACAGCGCCGUAUCCAGAACGAGGAACCAAAGUGGGAGCACAAGUGCUUCGAUGCUCCCACCAAGGACGUCAUCCAGCAGUUCCUCAAGAAGAAGAUUGAGGAGCGCCUGGGCAUUAAGAACAACAUGGAGGAUCCCAGGAAGCACGAGUGGUUCAAGAACAUCAACUUCCCCCGUCUGGAGGCCGGGCUGGUGGACCCUCCAUGGGUGCCCAAGCCCAACGUCGUCUACGCCAAGGACACCGACGACAUCGCAGAAUUCUCCGAGAUCAAGGGCAUAGAGUUUGACGCCAAUGACAAUAAGUUCUUCAAGGAGUUCAGCACAGGCGCUGUACCCAUUCAAUGGCAGACGGAGAUGAUCGAGACUAAACUGUUUGACGAGCUCAACGACCCCAACAGAAAAGCGGGCGGAGGAGACCCCGAUGACGAGAAGAAGUCGGGCACGUGUAUAUUGCUGUGA